AUGGCCAGCAUGUCCGCGAAAGAAUGUAACCCGGACGACAUCCGCGAUGAGAUGAUGCGUGAUGGCUAUGGCGAGGACGCUUUCACUCAGAACUGCGAUUCUCAACUGCCUGAGAAUGACUCCGCGAGCGGCCUUGCACUUGCAAGCGGAGAGCGCUCUGGCCCAAGCAGCGGUCAUUGGCUUCCAUCCACAGAGCCGAUCAUGUACAGCCAAGAGCCUGCGCCUGAUCGGCUCAACGGUUUAGGCUCCGAUAUCGAGACGGCGACGGAGAACCACGUACCUCCAGACGCAACACUCCAUGACAUGCAGCGAUCAAGUGGCGCGGUUCCGAUACAUCGACCUGAGAUUACGCUUUCCCCUGCUCCUGUUCCUCGUAACCCUGAGGAACCAGUGCUAGGGAAGCGAAAGAGGACGCAAGCCUUGGAGAAGCAAGAGACGAGCCCACAAAGUGCUGAGCGGAAGUCUUCCUAUGGCGUUCCCCGAGCUCAGCAUCUGCGAGUCAAAUCAACACAGCCUGGAAACCGUCACUCUUCUCACUUGCCUCUGCAGACACAUGCUUCUCGUUUGCAGCUCCGCCAGGUACCACUCGAGCAAGCUCUAUCGCGACGUAGUACAUUUUCGACGACGCGGACCGCUGGUUCCUCAAGCUCAAGCCGUGCCAGACCAUUCUGGGCAGCUUUACAGCCCACGCGUCGCGAACAGGCUCUGCCAGAGACACAAGUUCCAACCGACAGCCGCCAGGCAGAGCUUUCUGAUGAGUCCCGUACACUCGGGGCGGAGAGUAGUAUUGGAGACGUUGAGACUAUUGACGAUCCCGAACACAAAUCUGGCAUGCAGGCUGUACAGCCCACUGAUGGAGAUUCACACGUUUUGAACGAGCAGCAGCAGGGGCGAGUGGACCGACUACAAAAUCAAGCGAAGACACUGAAGAUAUUCAUGGAAGGCCUCGGCAAGGACAUGCACACUCUCAAACAGGACUUGGACGCUCGCCACAGAAUCGCUGACCAAGUCGAGGCAAGAUCCGCCGAGCAGAUGGCCGCACAGGAUGCACUGCUCGAGAAGGCGACUCAUUUGAAGAGUGAAGCAUUGCAGCUUGCCCGAGAUGCUACAAACGAUCUUGCAGUCCUUCGGGCUCGGACCAAAUCGCUCGAGGAGCAGCUGCUUGACCAAUCCAACGUUCUUUCCACGGAGAAGAGUAAUCGACAGCAUUUGCAGACACAGCUGGACGCGAAUGUGAAUCACAACGUUCUUCCUGAGAUAAAGUCUUAUGCCCGUAACAUCCUCGACAAGCUACACAAAAUCCAGGCAGACCUGGACAAUGGAGACCGCGGCAAUUCAAAUGAGUUGCUGGAGAAGCUGCUGGCUGCAUCAACGGGCCUGAAUUCACAACUGGCCACAACCGUAGAGAGUGUUGCAUCGAUCAAAGCAGUAUUGGACUCUGUCUCAACCAGUGUUGCUGCUCACAUUCCAACGCACGACUUGGACUCUGGAAUCGAUGUCUCCCUCAAGAAGCACUUCGACGACGCGUUGGAGGAUUUGAGGGCCAGCCUGAGCCAACAAAUCAAGUUAGCCGAACAAACGAUUGUUGAUCGUGAGACCAUGGCACACCUCAGGCAGCAGCUACAAGCUACGAAGGAUGGAGCUACAGACCUGGCUUCCAACCUGGACAGUCGCACAAGAGAAUUGGCCGCCGUCCAAGCACAGCACGGGGCUCUACAGACUCAGCUCGCUGCGCAACAGAAGUCCUGCGAAAACACGCACUCGGAGAAGUUGGCUCGCGUUGAACUCGAAUUACAGGAAAAGGCACGGCUUUUGCAAACCACAAAUUCAGACCUUGCAGCGAUGACCGGUGAGACCGAGUCACUGCGUGCAAGUGUAGAGGCGCUUCAGAAAGAGCUGGCUGAUUGGACUGCACAUGUUUGUCCAGACCUCGACCAGCAACAGUAUGAGGACAAAUUGGCGGUGGCAGUGGAAACAGCGAGGAAGGAGACCACCAAAGCCGCCAACGAUCUGCAUAUUCACACGAAGAUGGAGAGCGAGAACAAGCUGAAGCAAUUGAGCACGAGAGUGGAGCAGCUCGAAGCGGAAUUGGUUUCUGUCAGGAGCAAAGCCACAAUGCCCUCUCUCCGUGAAAGCGAGCUUCAAAAGCUGCAAGAGCUGGCUCGCAACAAGGAAGCGGAAGUUCAGAGCUUACAGAACCGCACGAACGAACUCGUGACCACGAACAGCCACCUGGAGAAAACAAAUGCGUCACUGAAUGUGCAACAUGAAGCGCAGAAACAGCACCUGCAGGAGACGAACGAGACGAAACAGAAGCUCAGUCAGGAACUCGAAAGCAUCAAGAACCAGCUCGAAAUUUCCAAGCAGGGGUUGCAUGCGGCAGAGCAUAAGCUGGAGCAAUCUCAGAACGAUGCUCGCCGUCAGCUGGAGGACAAGGAAGUCACGUGCCAGAGACGAGUCGAAACCCUGCAGCACCGUGUAGAGCAGAUGGGAGCCGAGUUGUCAAAGCAUGCAGAGGAUCGACGCAAGCAUCAGCACGAGCUCGAGCGCGUCCGGGCCGAUCACCUUCAAGAGCACAAGAAGGAAGUCACUCGCUUGACCAACCAAGUGGCCGACUCUGAACGUGAGAAGGCUCGAGCUCUCGCAGAAUGCCGGCGACUCACCGACGAGCUGUCCGCGAUUAGAGGCAUUCCAGGUGCCGCUCAAGGUGUUCUAGAAACUCUCGGCUCGACAAAUUCAACUGUCAUUGUACCCUGUAGUCAGCAGCCAAGCGGUGCCACGGGAACGAAUCGAUCGCAGAGCGCCGCCAUCACUGGAGUCCAAGGUGAUCUUGCAACGAGAUCGGUCGUACAGUCUGGCCAAAUUCCAACGUUACCUGCAGUCGUGGAAGAAUUACAGGACGAUGUGUCCGGAGCCAUGAUGCAGGAUGCGGCCAUGUCGCAAAACUCCCUUGGGCCAGUGAUUGAAGAGUCCCAAUGUUGGGAAGAUUUCAUUAACCAUCAAGCUAAGAUGUCUUCACCACUAGUAUCGAGACAGAACCGUGAGCUAGGAGCUCGAAACGGCGGCAAGAUUGAGCAACCGCAUGAGAAGCGUUCCGUCGUUCCAACCGCAGCGCGAUCUUCUGUUCCACAACAAGAUUUGCCUACAUUCGCUGGCUUCAAUGCAAGCCAGACAUUGAGCCAACCAAUCAUUGCCUAUGAGGAUCAUGAGGACCAGCAUGCCAGGACGGGGACAGGAGUCGAGAACGACCACGACAGCAAUCCCGUGACACGAAUGCCGCGCCCGAACUCUUCUGCAAAGCGCUUGAAGCCAAAUGCCGGUCUGCAGCGCGCCCCAAACGCAAUGCAUACUCAGGGCUCGGGGAGUCGAUUCUUCCCACAUUACGUGACUCCGAAGCCGCCCCAUGGGUCCGAUACUGCCAUGCAAGGAGCAGUUGCCGGGCAGAGUAGCUCUCCAGAUGUCAUCACGAACCAGCCAGUAGAUACGGGCUUGUAUCUUGGCUCUCGGCAUGGCCAGCGUGGAGCGGAUACCGACGCCAGCGUGCGCAAAGCUGCGCCUCAGAUCAAGCACAAGUCCACCAAGGACCUCGCAGUAGGUUAUGGAUGGCAGAAUGUGGCCGAGGGCUCGGGUCGAGCUGAAGCCCAUAGCAGCCAACAGUUCAGCCAAGCCGCGAUAGGAGGGCGCCCACGACAGACUCGUGGCACUAAAAACAUGACGAAAGGUAAGUGA